CACAGCACAUAAAAAUUAUGAGGACUUUGGGAAAGUGUUGCAAAAACUGCGCUUUAAAGGGUUAUUUUCACCACUUCUGCAGACCAAAAACAUGGCCACCACGAACAGCGGUGUGAAACAGUCUGAAGAACUAGACCAUCACUGGGUAGAGAAGUUGUUUUCUCCUCACUUCACUUUUCAAGACCUGCUUGAGGGCAAAUUAAAGACUGAAGACAGGACUGAGUCCAGGAGGCAGAUCUACAUUGAUGUUUUAAGAGAAGUACAAGAGAAAGAGGAGAAGAUAAGGAGGAGCAGCCUGGCCAAGAGAAUCAGCAGGGAUGAACAGCCCAUGGCAGUUGAUGUAGAGGAUAAAGAUUCAUGUGAAAUGCUGAAGCCACAUUGUCCAGGGCAGAUUCAUAGUGGAGAGAAAUGCAUUUGGAAUGAGCAGGACAUUUCCACACUACGAGCAGCUUUGACUGAGCUAGAGAGGGACAGGUGGAGGCUUCAACAGAGGCUCAGGAGCUCAGAUGAACAAUUUAAGAGUGAACGUGAGGAGAGAAGGAGGCUUGAGGAGCUUCUGGAGGAACAUAAGGAGCUGCUGGGCUGCUCUAGAAAAGAGGCAGCACGCCAUGCCCUAGUGGUUAAAGCUCUGAAGAUGGAGGUUUAUCAAAAGGACGCUCAGUUACAGAAGCUUGCCAAGCAGAGCGAGGAAAAGGCUGAGGAGGCGGAUGGGCUGAGGGCCAAGCUGAGAAGAACCAGCGACGGGUAUCGGCAGAUUAAACAGGAACACUCAGACUUGGCCUGGGAGCUGGAGAAAGUAAAGGCACAGCAGAAGAUGGAGGAGGCAAGACGAGUGGAGGAGGCAAGACUGGAGUACCAGGCCUCAAUAGAGAGGCUGCAGAAGGGGGUGGAGGAGGCCCGUGCUGAAUUGAGAGCAGAAAAAGAGAGACAUGGCCGAAGCCUGACAGCCUUGGAGCUCCUGCGCCGCCACUAUAAUCACCAGUGACAGAGUGAGGGACAUUAAGGUCCAGUGUUCUUUAUUUUGAGCCUCAUAAUUGCAGAAGUUAAUGCAGGGGUCCUGUAGGCCAUGGAGGGUCAGAGCCAAGCAAGGUUUGGUGAUUUCCGUGCUCCAACAUGCCAAACAUACCUUGUAAAUAACUGUUGAGGCAUAUUAGAUGUGUCUAAAGAGGGAGAUCAUCAAACUGUGCUGAACUCUUCUCCCUAGAGCUGGAUUUCUCAGUGAAACUGGAUAACUUAAGCCAGCAAUUCCCAAAGUCUGUCCUGGGGACCCCGCUCUGUUUUGUUCUGUUUGAACUUAGUAAGCUCCUCAUGUGCUGGGUCAGGUUAGAGUAGGAAAAACACAAAAAUGUGCAGAACAUGGGAUCCCCACGACUGACUUUGUAAGCCACUGACUUUAGCCAAAAGAGACGAUUGUGCAACAGGAAUGUCCCCAACUGGCAGCUUGACUCUCCGUAUAAUUAAUCUGUCCAACAGGGAAAAACGUCUUUGUGGAAUAUUCCAGGGGGAGUAUUGUGCAGGGUGGGAUUUCUCAAUAAGUUGGAUAACAAAGCAUUGGUUCAGUCAAAAGGCAAAAUUACAAAAUUUACCACAAAUGUAAACAGCCAAGACUUACAGUGAUGACAGUGUGAUAAACCACAUAAGCCAAUCUAUUUGGUCUUAUUUAAUAACUUAAUGUGAUUUGAAUCAAGCACUUUGGUGACUAAAAGCUUCUGACUAUAAGCUUCUCAAUUUUAGGGGAUUUUAGCCUCAUAAGCCCAGUGCUGCAACAAACUUCAGACACCAAGCAUGCCUAGACUGAUCAACUUUGUUUGGGAUAAAGGGAAAAUUAUGUAGGUUUGAUUUUUGUCCAAACCAUCACUUUAAGGCAACAAUGAGGACUACUUGGAACAUCCCUCACCUAUUCAUUAAAUGUAUUCGAUUCAAUGUGA